CGUCGUCGUCGUCGUCGUCGUCGUUGUCGUUGUCGUCGUCGUUGUCAUCGUCGUUGUCAUCGUCUUCGUCGUCUUCGACGUUGUGUUGGUGUCCGUCGCGAUCGUUUCUUCGGUGCUCGUGAGGUAACGCAAUUCGCGAUUAGUCUUCCGCUGAGUGACACGCCGAGACAGUUGUGCCAGACGUAAACCAGAAUCGACGAAAGGGAGAGAGAGAAAGGACGAAGAAACGAGUAGUGGUGUGAUAAAAACUGCGACGCGAGAGAAUCGUGUUUCGGGUACGCGGGUGAUUAUUCUUACUAUUACGAAUCUCGAUAAUGUCGUUAUCGUACGGUUGAUAAUAGCAGUAUCGCGGAGGACCGUGACAGCCAACUGUAGAAAACGACCGACGAUCGAAAACGAUCGAAAAGGAAAACGGGAGUGGUGAAAAAGGAAGUUUGUUGGCCGCAGGAAUACGCGAAGAAUACACGACACGGAGCUCGCGAAGGUGCACCGACGACGUACAGCGAAAGACAGAGAGGAAAGUGCGCGCGCGAUAUUCUCGCGGUGAAACGAUCGUAUCCCCCGGUGUGUGCACGCGGUGUGUCCGAGCACGGGAGAGCGAGUGCGCGACCACCCGAACUAGAUGUGCGUAAAUGGAAGGUAUAGGGGACAUAGCCGAUCAUCAAUCGCAUAGCGAGCAAUUACUGGACUCGGUCGAUUCCCCGGCGGCGAUUUCUACGCAUGGCCGGGGAACCAGUGGGGGUGGCUCGAAUGGGAACUGCGCAGGUGGAGGAGGGAACGGAGGUGGUGGAGGUAGUAACAGUGGUGGUAGAGGAACGGUGGUCGGUGGGGGUAGGCAUCACCAUCAUCACCACCACCAUCAUCACCACCAUCACCACAAUCAACAGCAACAGCAACAUCAUCAACAGCAAGCAACGAUUCAUCUUCAUCCCCAGCAUCAUCAUCAUCAUCAGCAGCAGCAGCAGCAGCAGCAGCAUCAGCAUCAGCAGCAUCAACAUCAGCAGCAACAACAUCAGCAUCAGCACGAAGGCAGCGGAGAAGGAACGGGAGGUAGACACGUCCUUGUCGGUGGAAGUGGUAGCAACGGUGGAGGUGGUAACGCAGAGGGUAUGUCGUCUUCCGCGUCGCAAAGUCCCGACAUCGCGUGCGCGAGCUUGCCGCUGGAACUACUGGCGGCUGGCGCGCUCGGCGUCAAGGAGGAGCGAGAGCUCGUCUCCGCGGAGGAUUUGUCGUCGUCCCAGGAGCCAUCGGGAGGCAGCAGCAGCAGUAACGGAGACGCCGGUGGCGGUAGCAGCGGCACGAGUGGUGGUGGUGGUGGCGGCGGCGGUGGCGGUGGCGGUGGCGGUAACAUUGGCGGCGGUGGUGGCGGCGUUGGCGGCGGCGGCGGCGGCGGUAGUAGUGGUGGUGGUGGUAGUGGUGGUAGUGGCGGCGGUGGUGGCGGUGGUAGCAGUGGUGGUAGCAGCAGCAGCAGCAGUAGCAGCAUUAGCAGCAGCAGCAGUGGCGGCAGCGGCGGAGGUGCCGUCGGUGGCGCCGGUGGUGGCAACGGAAACGGCGGCGGCGGUGGCGGUGGCGGUGGUGGCGGCGGUGGCGGUGGUGGAGGUGGUGCCGGUGGUGGUAGUAGACAGAACGCGAGGGAGUCCCUGUCGGUGAUCGUGCCACCUCAGGACGUGGACGUGGACUCGCGCGACGCCGACUCGGAGCUCCUCAGUCCGGGCAAGCUAACGCCGACGUCGGGGAUAAGCGUCUCGGUCGCGAGUAUGAUCGACGCGACGGACUUCAGGGCGAUGCAGCCGGAGCCGACCUAUCAGACACUAACCUCGGUCGCGGAAAGGAUGUCACCGCCUGGCUUCAGUCCGGGUUCCUCUUACGCGACCCUGACGCCGUUACAGCCGUUGCCGCCGAUCUCGACGAUGAGCGACAAGUUUGUAUACAGUGCACACGCGGCUGGCGGCGUCACCGGUAGUUUCGCGGUCAUGCAAAACAACGGCCUCGGUAACAUCGGCCUCGGGAUGGGUAGCUCGCCGUACGCGUACGACAAAUUGCCUUCGAUGAGCAUGUCGCCGCCGCACAAUUAUCCUUCUCCGGGCGCGGGCCUCCAGCCGAGUCCUUUGUCGCCGCAGAGCGCCUACAGUCAGAGCGGAUUGAACUCGCCGCACAAGUCCGCCAGUCCUCACUACGAUCCGGCCUUUUUGCCGAGGUUGCAGCAGAGCCCAGCGGCGUUGAGUCCAGCUUCGCCGCCGACCGUCUCGGCGACGGCCACUUUCGCGCCUUCUCAUCAUUCCCCGCCCACGCAUUCGGUGCCCGCUGCCUCGCCACCACCUAUGCAGGCCCAGCUGCAACAACAGCAACAACAGCAACAGCAACAGCAGCAACAGCAGCAGCAGCAGCAACAGCAACAGUCGAUGCCGCAACAGACGAUAUCGCACACGCAGCACGUGCAACACACCUCGGUCGUUAUGAAGACCGUUCCGCCACCCGGCAACGGGGCCGGUGAGGUCGAGGAGAUCAACACGAAGGAACUCGCGCAGAGGAUCAGCGCCGAAUUGAAGAGGUACAGCAUACCGCAAGCGAUAUUCGCCCAGAGGGUCCUGUGCCGUAGCCAGGGCACGCUCAGCGAUCUACUGCGCAAUCCGAAGCCGUGGUCGAAGCUCAAGAGCGGCCGCGAGACCUUCCGACGGAUGUGGAAAUGGCUACAGGAGCCAGAGUUUCAGAGAAUGUCAGCCUUGCGGCUAGCAGCCCUGAGCAACUGCUCUGAAAGCGGAGGCGAGCCGGAAGCCAUGCUGGAUAUCCACCACCCAGGAACCGGUCUCGAGUCUCAUCACCAACAGUUUCACAACUCAUAUGCUGCACAGAUUCCACAACGCGCAGCAUGCAAGAGGAAAGACGAGAUGGCGAACCAGGGAGAACAGCCCGCCCCCAAGAAACCGCGCCUGGUUUUCACAGACCUUCAGCGCCGUACUCUACAGGCUAUUUUUAAAGAGACCAAGAGGCCGUCGAAAGAGAUGCAGGUGACAAUCGCUAGACAACUGGGCCUGGAGCCGACGACGGUCGGGAACUUCUUCAUGAACGCUCGACGCCGCUCCAUGGACAAAUGGAAGGACGAGGACCCGAAGACCGUCGCAGUUGAGGAGGGACAGCUAUCACCGACGAUAGGUAUCGUGCAACGGGAACCAAGCGACGUUUUGUGACAUACGUCCGACCACGAGGAGUACCAGGACGAGUCGCCCGAGGAAGAUCUGUCCUUCUCGUAAGGGCGGCGAUCUCUUAACGCGACGCGACGUUCGCGAUAUCACUCGAGACGCUCGACUGACCUGGAACGUCAGUUUUCAACAAUCUCCGAAUUGUUCGGGCCGCUCGCCUGCUAGAAGACUCGUUUCGACGACGUAGCGGGGACCGUAGGCCCGAUUAGAUGAAUUUUCGGAAGGCGGCCCUUUGUACCGCCUAACCUAGCUAAAUACACACAUGAUUACGUUCGAAGAAUUCGACGAAUUCUCGAGCGCGUAGAACGGAGAAGUAUUUACAUCGCAGAAUUUUGUCAGACACAAUGUGCGUAGAAUUGUGGAAUAUUUAAGUCCGAGAGAGGUUGUAGAUCGAGCGAAAAGCAAGGAACAUAAAAUGUAGAGUUUUUGUGAGAAUAAUUAUUCGAUCGAUUCAAUUUGCAGUAAGCGAUCGAUCGUUUGACUCAUUGAGGACUAAGUAGUGAAAUAAAGCAGGAAAAUUUCCUGACAUUAUUGAAAAACGUACGUAAAGUAAUUGGUAUAUUUUUUUAUUGACAUACAUGAAAUAUAAUAAAAACGUUACAAAAGCACAUCAUACGAACCAGAGACAUAAAAUCAAUAUCCGUCAUUCAAACGAAACAAUUUUAUUAUGAAGUCAUAAAUAUCUCAAUCUCUUCAAAACCCACAAAAUUAUAGAAUGUAAGUAGAAGACAUAAUAGCGAAGAAAGUAUGGAGCAAAUGUUUUAAAAAUUCUCUUCCACAACCAUAAUUAAAAAAAAAAAAAACAGGAUUUGAUAACAUAAAUUAAUCUAUUGAAAAACAAAUUUGCAAAUAUUUGCGUUAACACCACGUUGGUCUUCAAUGGGUUAAACAGAAUACGUAUAAUAGUGAGAUAUUUAGGUUCGAGAAAUUUCAGAAACUAUGAAUAUCGUAAGGAACGUGGAACACGGAGUUUUCGUGAGGAUAAUUAUUCGAUCGAAUCGGUUCGCGAUAAUCGAUCACGUUUAGUGUGUUCGAACUUUCAUAAUCUGCCGUCGAGCAGGGCGCAAUAUUUUCAAGCAUUUUAAGAAAAAGAGGGGGGAAAAACAAGCAGGUUUGAGAGCUGCCGAGGAAUCGUGCACACUGGCGUCAUUAUCUUAUAGCCAAGCUCCGGGAAGCACGGUCACUGUGAUAAUUUUUUAACGACAAAAACGGCUGGCAGCCUUGUUCGUGAAUAUUGCAGUUCAACCUCGCUACGUCCCGCGAAAUGACGCAUAUUUCCCUCAAUGUUCGAAACACCGUUUGCAACUCGAUUAAUUUUUCAAAAUUCUAUCGUUGAUCCACGAAACUCUGAUUGCACAUUCAAGAAAGAGAAGAAUGAAAAGAAAAGAGGAAGAAAUUAUUGCAGAAAACCACGUUCCAGGGUGUGAAAUCGAGCAUCGUGGAGUCGCGUCGAAAGAAAUCGUAUGGAUUAUCGAUCUUUAAUGGCGAGAACGUUCUCUCCCUAUUCGUUUCGCUCGAACGAUUUGAUUUUCGUUCGAGAGUCUGAUUCUCCGGGAACUUGGUGCCAUAAUUUGCCAUAUUAGAGUAAGAUAUCUCGAUUCAGAGCAUUUUCUAGUCCACGCGUGUUGGCAUAGUCCUUGACGGAUCGGCCAAUUCUUUUAUCUAGUCAAAAUUGCAAGAAGUGAGCCUCAAGUUCUCCCGAAGAACACGUGUUCGAGGUUGUCAGCCUUCCUCGAGAAUCAGAGCUGAAUUCUGGCGCGUUCAACUCCUCGUACCCUUGUGAAGUUUAUUCCUACCUUAGCGUAUUUAGAUACUCGUUGUUUUUCCAUUGAGGGUUGAACGCGUUAAUCCUUUAUGAUUUAAGAAAUACCUCACGCAGAUCGUGUUAGCAUUUGUUUGAUCUUUUCGAAGAACAGGGUGCUGGUAAUUCCCCGUGCCAUGUUUCGUACGAGAUAAAAGAAAUCGCAAAGGAUUUCGGAGAAUAUGUUCGGAAAAAGUCUAUAAUUUAUAUUUAAAAAGAAGAAGAAAGAACGUUUUUAAUGAUCUAGGAAGACUCUCACAACUUUGUACGUCGCUGUUUUAAACCAUCCUUGCAAAGAUAGGGAAGCUAUUCUUUUCGAUCUUCUCACCGACAAGAAAUAAAGCUCCGUAUAACCAAACCUCCUUUCUCAAAGAUUCCUAAAUAUUUUUACUCUCAAAACAGCGACGUCUGUAACCUCGAAUGGUGUUCGAAAAUUUUCAGAAAAGCGGAAAAACGUAGAAUUGAAUAGAAAGGGAGAGAGAGAAUCGUACGAAGGAUCGAUGAUCAAAAAGGGUGAAUCAGGACUCGUCGUGUCCUCGUUGGUCGCUAAAGGAAUACACAUCGAACCCAUGAAAUUUACCAAAACAACAAAAAUGGACGCGAAAGAACAGCUUCGUUUCUUAAUACACGCUCACAUUAAUCCACACCUACACACAUACAUAUAUAGACACUAUAACACUGAGACACCGAAACUAAUUUAAUGCGAGAUAAAAAAAAAAAGGAGAAAAACAAAUGUGGCAUCGUGUCGAGGGUGCACGUGCCAAGUGAUAUAUUCUACGUACGUUAAAUGAACAUUGUAUAUCAGAGUGGACGCUGUUUUGUGCGAAUCGGCGAAGAAGAGGAGUAGACGGGACACGGGAGCUGAUCGUUCAUGAGAACUAGCAGUCUCGAUAUUCGACGACAUGCGAAAUCGCAGGGAUGCGGAUGAAUGUGGCGCGCGCGCGCGCGCGUGCGUGUAUGAAAUAGAGCGAACUACAAAGACAAGAGAUAAACGAGUAAGAGAGCGGGAGAGAAUGAGAGAGAAAUUGAAAAAUAGAGAGAGAGAGAGAGAGAGAGAAAGAGAGAAACUUUGCGUACCGCACUAGAUAUCGUACUGCAAUUGCGCUGUGCUAUUGUACAUAGUAGUGAGUGGGAAAGAGCGAGAGAGACUUUCGCGAUCCAGGAAGGCGGUGAUGGAAGAGGAAUGAAGAGGAACCAAGUUCCAGGGCGGAGGAGGCUAGUUUUCGCGUUUUCCGAUUGCACGCCAGCCAUUCCUCUUAUUUUGCGUUUGAUGGAGGUUUGGUUAACUGCGUGUGAUUUUGCCAUGUGAUUUUGUAGGGAUCCAUUGCAAGAAACGUUGCAUCCUUUUUGCUUCGCGAGAUUUUUAAAAUGCUCGAGGCAGUGGGAAAUUGUAUGAAAAUUUAUCUAAUGAUAUUUAAGGGUUGGAAAGGAAAAAGGGUAAUGUAUUUAGUACUCUAAUUAAAUCGAGCGUGCAACGAUUCGUCUGCAAAGAUUCCACCGCGUAAUAAACGAUUCUGUACUAGUCUAUACAACUAUUUCUUGAUUAACAGCGUGCGAAUUGUAGCGAAAUUAGAAAAAAAACGACAUUUUGCCCCACGUUCUUUCGGUUCCUCGUGAUCGACGUUCAAUUUCUUUACCGUUUCCAUAGAGAAAGCUUCGACCCUGGUUAGCAUGCAACGAAACGAGGAAAAGCGAAUGAUAGAAUGCUAUAGGGAUGUGGAAAUAGGGUUGAUCGUUAAUGAGUCACCGCGUAUGACGGAAAGGCGAGAGUUCUAGAAAACUAAUCGUACCAAAAAAGGAAAAAAUAACACAGAUAAAAUAAGAAGAAACGGAAGCGUGCGUCGCGGCCGUCGAUUAUAAGAUCAUAUAUAGUACAAAGUAAACAUAUAUUAUUGUAAUAACGGUUUAAUUAACUAUAAGGGGAGCGUCGCUGUUUCACAAACCAACUCUGAAGAAUGUUGCGCGAAAUCGUGAUACACGUGGACGAACGUUUGAUUCUCCGGGUUUCGAUCAAGUGCUAUUGUCUUUGGUAGCGUGUGCGCAUCAUCAGGCGUUGAAAGACCAGGAUGAUUGCAAAGGUUACAGUGGAUAGGAGCGUCGAAUUCUCAUGGAAGUUUCCUCGUCCGCCACGAUUUGUCGGACGUGACCACGACACCGCGAUCGAAAUUCUCAAGGUAGAAGAAUAUUGAAAGAGAAGGUAUUCGCGCGAACGAUGCGUCAAAAUUUAUGAAAUAAAACGUGAUUAGAUAUUGUUGAAUGUGAGCAGAACUGGAAAUGUCGUUCGAGAGACUUGGUUCGAUGCUAAGAAUCCUGAAUUACGAAAAAUAUUGAUUCAACUCAUACAGUAGACAAUAAGAUACUAUUUAUAAAUGCUAAGGAUGAGACAGAAAUUAUGUAAAUGAUGAGGUUUUACGAAAUUGAAAUUAUGGACUUGAUUAGAUGAACAAAAACAGAGGCACAUUUGUAACAACUGUUACAACUGUUAACAUGUAUUAAAAAUAAGGAAAAUGUAAAAGCAGGAAUUUUAAGAAAUGGAAAAUUCCGAAAAUUUCAUUUCACACCAGCAAUAGUCGAUUUAAUAGUAAACAUGAGAAACAACAAUCUUUGGAAAGAAACCAGAGAUCGAAGGAUUACAGAAGAUUAGGAACCAACUUUCUAGGCACGAAUUCACAAACAAUAUCUCACAAAGAAACAGCUACCAAUAUCGAUCUUAAAGUGUCAUGAAAUCCAGUAUAAACCCAGAAUUGUAAAGAAAUGGUGUCGCAUCGUUGAAAUAAAAGAACAUUCGCGUAGUUCGAGAACUGGGAAAUGGAGGCGAUGAGGAAAGUAACCGGAAGCGGAGGAGAGGAAAUCGCAAUUGUAAGAUUGUUGUGGCUCACUCGGGGGUGAUAUAUGUAGAAAAAUUUUAGGGAUACGGAUGGGGAUCACGGGAAGGAGGUGAAAGAAGGUGAUAAGGCAACUGUCUGUACGAUAAAUCUGUAAAUACGAGUUUAAUUGCGGUUAUUAAUUAAUUGUGCUCGCGAUUGAGAACGAUGAACAUUAUUACUAUUAUUAUUAUUAUUAUUAUUAUUAUUAUUAUUAUUGUCACGAGAAUCAUCAUUGGCAUUACCAUUAUCAUCUUCGUCACUGUCAUUAUUAUUGCUAUUACUAUUAUCAUAAUUAUUAUAAUUAUUUAUAUUACUUUCAUUCCUAUUAUUACUAUUGCGAUUUUUAUCACUGUAACGAGAGACGGAUAUAAUUGAUUAUUAAUAUAAAUGUAUUGUAAACGCAUUCGUUGUUGAACAAGAUGUGUGUGAAAGGGAAAGGGAAAGAGUGAGAAUGAGAGUGAAACUGAGAGGGAUGAGAGAGAGAGAGGUUUCAAUUAACUUAGAAAGAGAAACUAUUCGACUUUCCGAACGAAGAGAGCUGACGUAUCGUUAAGAAAGAGAAGAAAGAAAAAAAAAGACGUCGCGUUUAAAUCAGAAAACGACUAAAAACAACAGGAAAAUUCAAGAAUAGAGAGUGGGCUAGCGAAGGGGUGGGUUAUCGUAGGAAAAUGGGAUAUCGAUAGGGACACACAAACGCUAAGGUUACAUAGGCGCGAAAUAAAACGAAGAACAAGAAGUUAAUAAAAAAAAUACAGAACCCGCUAAACGUAAAGCAAGAAUAUAGUAUAUAAUUAUAUAUAUACUAUACAUAAAAAUAUAAAUAUAUAUAAAUAUAUAAAUAUAAAUAUGAAUAUAAAUAUAAAUAUAAAUGAAUGAUAUAUUAUAUAUAUAUAAAUAUAUAUAUAUAUAUAUAUAUAAAUGCCAUUUUCAGGCAGCCGGGGUUAGUUAGGAUCGGGGUGGGGCGGGGAUGGGCUUCGGGGAGGGAUGUAUAAUUUAAUACAGAGAAAAAGACCCUAGCAAUCAAGGGGGCUCGAUCGUCGGUCGAUCCACGGUUUCGAUCGAUCGACGAUUAUCGUACGCAUUAAGUCGCGACAAGAGCGGACCGCGGAACGACACACGGAGAAAGAACGCAAAAGGGGGUGAGAAACACUACGAGCAUGAGACGAAGAUAAAUGUCUGUAAAUCAAUGAUCUAUUUAUGUAACGCGUUCGCGGUGCGUAACACCUCGUCUCGAAUCGACGAUCGAUGGCGGAAACGAGUGGCAAGAAAGAGAAUAAAAGAAAAUGGUGGAAUCACAUGUAAACACCGUAAACUGUAAAAGAAGAGAGAAAAGCAAACGAGAUCGCUGAAUGACUAUAUAUAUACGCGGACUAUAGGGGGAAGAAUUACUUCGACGAGCAUUAGCAACCCUUCGAACGAACGAAAGGUUUAGGGAGCGAUGAAAAGGAAGAGGAGGCGGCGCGCAUGAAGCUCGAGACGUAGGCGAAUGAACAUAUUAUAUAUAAAUAUAAAUAUAUAAAUAUAUAAAUAUAUAUAUUAAAAGGCAGAAAUAAUAAUAAGGGAAUAAGAAAAAGAAAAUGACAACCGUAGAGACUAAGAGAAUCUAUUUCGGGUCCGUGUGUGUAUACGCGUUUUUUUAUAUUGCAACGACGCAAGUCGGGCGCGCGAGUUUUAAAUCGAUAGAAAAGAAAGGACGAAAGGGGAAAGAAAGAGGAGGAGAGAGAGAGAGAAGUUAGAGGAAGAUUAAGGAGAGUGAAAGAAUAGAACGAGCGUAGCCGUAAAAAGUUAGUCCUUGGACAGGGGUGGAAUUGUUUUGGGGAUUGACGUUGGACAAAUGUUAAGUAAUAUAUUAUAUUAUUAUAUAGUACGCGUCAAGAUGACGAAUGGUUGAGGGAGGGGGCUGGUUUUUGCUCUUUACUCGACUAGUAUUCGCUCCAUCGAACGAGACUCCCUUUUUUUCUAGAAUAAUUUUUCUCGUUACGUUCGCUUGUGUUUAUCGUUUUUUCGAAAUCUUUUUAACACUGUUUUACAUGACUUUAUUUAUGUAUUAUUAUUUAUUAUUAUUUAGAUAUUACUUUAUGUAUAACACAGUUUAUCACUGAUCGAUUAUUUUACAAAAAUUCAAGUUAUAGUACUUUAUCGUAAUGGUAUUAAUGAAAAUAUAAUCUGCUUCGAUUAAUUUAAUAAUCAUUUCAGUCUUCAUAUAAUACAUAUCCUGCAGAUUAGAACGAUGUCAAUUGACGUACUAUUUAAUUAUCGUAAACGACGCUAUACUAUAAAUAUCGACAAAAUCUAAGAAAAAGAAAUCUCUCGAUCACGUUAAAGGAAUAUCAAUUCAGAGUAAUAUUAACAAUUAGUCGAUCCUAUUAAUCAUCGCAACAUCUUAUCUCUAAUCUCCAUGAGCCAAUUAUAGUGUGAGUAGCGAGCAAACCGGAGAGCAGAAACGUAAAAUCUAGGGAUGAAGUCCGAGGACCUGUGGCCGCGUUUCAAAGCCGUUCAUGAACUAUCUAUCUGUUGAUUGGAGCUGAGAAUUCUGGGCGAAUGGUCGGGGAUAAGACACGUAACCAUCGGUAAAAGCGAAGAAAAAAUGAAGUCUAGAAAAGAAGGUAUGAAUGGGAUAAAGAGAACAGGUGAACGGUUCGUACGACAAUAAGGUAUCGAUUAGUUAAUCAGAGAUGAAAUAAUGUAAAAUACAAGUGCAAAAGCAAGUAUACAUUAUUAUAUUUAUUAUAAUACGAGGGUUCAUCGUGUCGGUAUCCAGGUUAGGGAGGGGGACGGGGGUUUGAUUCGAGAAUUCGAGAAGCAGGGAAUAUCUUCGAAAUCGUAGAACGAACGUAUUCUCUUUUUCAGUGGAAAAUUGAAAGGGAAAGUUUGAAAGGACAGAAGGAAAGGAGAAAGAUGAGGGAAGAAUGACGCGACGGAGGAGGGGAUUUUCACGGGGCGAGGCUCCUUUUUAGAGUUUUUAAACGCGAAAAUGCGCUGCGCUGUGAGAAAACGUAUCGCUACGUACGGUCGCGGAAAGUUUGUUGAGGAGGGAAAAGAGCGGCGACCAAACGCGGAGCUGCACGAUUAGUGAAAUGAUCGAUGGGAAAGUGGAAAGAUAAGGAAAAGAAGAAACGGAAGAGACGAAAGGUGUGUAGAAAGUAGCUGGAACGAGGGGAUCGAGGGCUUAUCGACCUCGAUCCCUCGCUUUAGCGGCGUCCUUUCCUUUUUUCUCGCUGACGAAAGGACGACCGGCUGGAUCGAUGACCGCGGAUCGAUUUCGAUCGCCGCGUGAACAUACCAAAGGAUCGUAGAUUUUACGCGAGUAAAGAUGAAAAAAAAACAUUAUUUAUUGUUUACACUUAUGUAUUCAUUAGUGAAUGACACACAGACACACGUACACACGAAUACACGAAUACGGGAUGAAUGGAGAGUGAAUGCGAGAGUGAGACAUACGCAGAGCGUGGUUCAUGAACUUGAUCGAGAACAACGGUGUGUCGUUGAUUUUGCAAACAAAUUUUCGAAAUAACGGAAACGAAUGUGUGAAUAAAUGAGAAAGACAAACAGAGAGAAAGAGAGAGAGAGGGAGAGAGAGAGUGAGUGUGUGCGUGCGUGCGUGCGUGCGUGUGUGUGUGUGAGAGAGAGAGAAAGAGAGAGAGAGAGAGAGAGAGAGAAAGAGGUAAUUUGUAAAUGAUGGAAUCGAAGUUUCCCGUAGGAUCGAAUGGACCGAUCCGUCGGGGAGAUCGACGAGAGGCUAGUUUUUUCUUGUAAGUGACCAGUUUGUUAGCAUCCGCUCGUCGAUCGACCGAUCCAGAGAUCGAGAAUCCAAUGGAAUCGAUGCUACCGUAAUUGUUAAACAAACUUACGAAAAGUUCGAUCUUUUCAUUUGCUAUUGAUUAAAUAUAGAAAAGAUAGACGAAAGAAAUAGCAGACAACGUGAAGGAGGGGGAGAAUGGAGAUCGAACGAUCGAGCGGGAAAUUCGAUUGCAGCAUGCGAAAACGUGUAACUAUGUAAUAGAGACACACAAGUUCUGGCGGGUCGGAGGGCGAUUGUAAACUACUGUAAACUACGAUGUUACUACGUUUUACCAAGAGCUUAUUGUAGUCGAGAACCAUUUAAAGAGAAAAAGAGAAAAGUACCGUACACACAGUGAUACAGGGACAUAAGUACACGCAUACACAGACAUAGAAGGAUGGGGAAAAAAUGGAGGAAAGAGGUAAAAAAAAACCAUAUAUCGAGGCGAGAGUCAAACCAAUCCAAACCAAACCAAAUAAACCAAAACAAACAAGAUAAAGAUAAAAAACACAAAAAAAAAAAAAAAUAAAAAAAAUGGUAAUUGAGUGUAGCACGAAAAAGAAACUUCUUUACACUUUUGCACGAGACGUGUGUUGUACUUAAAUUAAUUAUCAUUGACAUAUGUAAUUAACGUUUUAUUACUUAGCAAUUAAACUUAAUUUAUUUAUGAUUAA